AUUUGUAUGUGUCAGUGCGUGCUGCUGUCGUCGUUGUCGCUGCUAAGAGGAAGCAGAAUCAGCAGCAGCAGUCAAAGGCCGUCGGUGGACUCGAAAAAGGAGUCCAAAAAGUUUUAGGGAAUCGCAAACGACUUGACGGAAUGCCGCACCAAUAAUAUAAUUGCAAUAAUCGUAUCAACAAUAACAACAAACACAACAACAAUAGCCAGCGAUCGAUCCCGUGCCCUCCAUCCCACAACCCACACAUAGACACACAGAAUGCAGCAACAAGAAUCCGGUGGCGAGGAGAGCUGGUUCGAGGAGCAAUGCCAUCGAGAAAUAGCCGGCCAGAACGAUGAAUACGAGCGCGAGUUUGUGCGUCAGAGCGAUAACAAUUUGAGCACCGUCUGGGGCGCAUUCCAGGACUCGGCCACUGCAGUGGCGCAGCUCUAUCGCGAGCGCUCUUCCAACACAUUUUCUUCAGAGACUGGGGCACUGUGGCUGCCCUUUCAGACCGCAGCUGGCACUGUGACAACACUCUACAAAGAAUCAUGUGAUGGUCUCAAACGCACCAGCGACGCUGCCAUACAAUGCGGCUACCAAAGACGCACACGCGAAUUGGCCGAUUGGGCGCGCAGCAAAAAACGACGCAUGAUAAGGCGAGAGGAUCUGCUGGCGUAUUUAGCCGGAAAGCCGCUGCCAACACAACCAACGAAUCCACAUGCCAAUCGUCGGUCGCCUAAGCCAGAGCACCAUCAAUGCGGUGGACUGCAUCACCAUCAAGUGAACAGUAGCAGCAAUAGCGUCACUGGCCCGGCGAUAGGCUUUGCCAGCAACGGACUGAACAUGAUGCCACCCACCGUCGGCGGACAGCCAACGCAUUUGCUUAGCGCCGCCGGGGCUCAGGCCUCAGUGGGCUCCACUGGCGGCAUCGGAGAUGAUCUGCACACUUUCAAGGAGGCCUUGGUUUUGCGUCCACGAGGACCGGAGCUAUUUGCAUUUGUUGCCAACGAAAUCGCGCGCCAUUGCAAGCGUCCCGGCAGUCCCAUCGAUGACAAAAUGGACAUUUGCCACUACACCAGUAAACGUCAGCGCUUUAUGUAAUCAGCAUCCAGCGUCAAUCAGCGCCACACACACACACAAAACCACACACACACACACAUGGAUUGAUCCACGCUUGUACACACCGAAAAAUGAAAUGCAACAACACAAGUCAGGGGAGUUGGGGAGAACAGAUAACUGUUGAUGGUAGCAGUUACCGUUACACACAGUGUGUGCACGUGAGUUUGUGUGUAAUGGAUGUAUGUGCGUGUGUAUAUAUAUAUAUAUAUAUAUAUAUGUGUGUGUGUGUGUGGCAGUUAGCCGCGAAAUAGGAUAAAUAGUUUCAGUACUAUUAUAAUGUUAAAUUUUGUUUAUAUUUAUGCCGUAAAUUUCUUGUUACUGCGUUUAGCUGCCACAAGCACCACAGACACAGAUACACACACACAUACACAAAUGCAUGCACACACUCAUACACAGACACAGAGCAGCAUAAGUUAGCUUUAGUUUAUGAUUAAGCAUAAAACGCUUUUGUUGUACAUUUUUCAAGUCAAGAGGUGGUCCAAAAAACAUAGCGAAAAUAUUAUGUUAACACACAUACACACACAUACACACACAUACACACACACACACACAUAAACGCGAGUUAUAUGUAGCGUAGUAUAACAUAUACAUACGCGCACACACACAAUCACAUACUGUUCAAAGCCAAAAAUUGUAUA